AUGGCUAGAUACGGUGCUACCUCUACAAACCCAGCUAAGUCUGCUUCUGCUCGUGGUUCCUACUUGCGUGUCUCUUUCAAGAACACCAGAGAGACAGCUCAAGCCAUUAACGGUUGGGAAUUGCAAAAGGCUCAAAAAUACUUGGGACAAGUGUUGGAACACCAAAGAGCCAUCCCAUUCAGAAGAUUUAACUCUUCCAUCGGUAGAACUGCUCAAGGUAAGGAGUUUGGUGUCACCAAGGCCAGAUGGCCAGCUAAGUCUGUCAAGUUCGUCCAGGGCUUGCUACAAAACGCUGCAGCUAACGCUGAGGCUAAAGGUCUAGAUGCUACCAAGUUGUACGUUUCCCACAUCCAAGUCAACCAGGCUCCAAAGCAAAGAAGAAGAACUUACAGAGCUCACGGUAGAAUCAACAAGUACGAGUCCUCUCCAUCCCACAUCGAAUUGGUUCUUACUGAAAAGGAGGAAGCCGUCGAGAAGGCAGCUGAAAAGAAAGUGGUUAGAUUGUCUUCCAGACAGAGAGGUAGAAUCGCCGCUCAAAAGCGUAUUGCCGCUUAA